CGAGACGCAAGAGCUAUGUGGCCGCUUCGGAGCUCGACCACGAGUUCAUCAUUAAUUUGUGGAGCCUUUACACAGCAACUUGGCUAUUAUAGAUCGGCCAAUGCGCGAUUGCUAACAUCUACUUCUUUGUCACCGCCUUUUGCCUGAUCGUCGCGAGGGCACCUAUUGGUUCUAUGCCUUUGGGCCUGCCACUUCCCUCGUAAUUUUCAAACCACAUAGAUGAAUAAUAUCAGUUCAUGCGAAUGCUUUGGUUCUUUCUCGUUGUGGAUGUGACAGCAUUAGGGCACCUUCGCAAUCCAAAGCAUCGCGACGCUGCAAUCAUUCUCAUUUCGAGGUUGUGAUGGCGGAUCCGGAAUAUCAGAGGAGCAUGUCACUUGUGCCAUAUACAGGAGGGGGCGAGAUUGUGCUACGCCACAACGACUCAGUUGUCGUGUAUGACCCUCAAUCACAGCACCUAGUUCUCCGCGAUGCAUCGCACGAACUCAUCAACUGCCCAUACUGCGAUCGGCCGUUACGGGACGACCCACGUUCUAGCAGUCAGCAUGGAGCAAACUCGGAUAUAGGAGCGAGCUUUGUGAACCCGGAUUAUUUUCGAAUGCUACAUCAUAGCACACCUGGUUCAGAAGCAGAAGUGUCUCGGCCUGCCUCUUCAUACGGUCCGCUCGACGACCCGACCGGUUCCAGCUUUACUGGCUCGGAAGAACCCCCAGCAAACUCUGAGUUCCUCGGCAGCGCCCCUACAACGUCAUCAUCUACUCACGGGAUAUCCUCCGCAGCAUUCAGCCCAAACUAUUUUGACAGGUUCUUCGUUGAGGAAGGGGUGCUUGGGAGAGGUGGCAAGGGAGUUGUGUUGUUGGUUAGACAUGUGCUGGAUGGCGUAUCCCUGGGAAAUUUUGCCUGCAAACGUGUCCCGGUGGGCGACGACCACGAAUGGCUUGAAAAAGUUUUGAUAGAGGUGCAGCUAUUGCAGCACCUUUCUCAUCAAAAUCUCGUCUCCUAUCGCCAUGUCUGGCUUGAAGACGUCAAGCUGACCAACUUUGGUCCCAGCGUCCCCUGCGCUUUCAUCUUACAGCAGUACUGCAAUGGUGGAGAUCUACAUCAAUAUAUACUCAAGCCCCACCCGUCGAAUGAUACUUCCUCCGCUGCGCAGAAGCUAAAAGAUCGACUGCGGCGGCGGUCAAAAGGGCAGGUUGAGCCGCUGGAGGAAUCUUCGGGGCCUAGGAAACUCACUUUCGAGGAGAUAUACUCCUUUUUCAAAGACAUUACAUCAGGCCUGCAUCACCUCCACGCCAACGGCUACAUUCACAGGGAUUUAAAACCAAGUAAUUGCUUGCUGCACAAGACUGGGAAAGAGACGCGCGUCUUGCUGAGCGAUUUUGGAGAGGUGCAAAUUGAAAAUGCUGCACGUCGUUCCACCGGGGCUACUGGCACAAUCUCUUACUGCGCGCCAGAAGUAUUGCGCCCUGAGGGCCCAGAUGGUACACUGGGAAAUUUCACAACCAAAUCGGACAUUUUCUCUCUUGGCAUGAUUCUUCAUUUCAUGUGUUUUGGUUGCCUGCCUUACAAAAACGCGGACGACAUCAACGAAGAGAACGAAGACCUUGAUCAACUUCGCGCAGAGAUUAGCAUCUGGCCGGGCUUUGACGAUGUCAAAGGCCGAAUGCGCUCAGACCUGCCAGAGAAAUUAUACAAGGUUUUGAAAAGUCUGCUGGCUUUCAAUCCCGCGGAUCGGCCCAGCGCAGAGGAAGUAUUGAACGGGAUUAGAACAGGCGGAACUAUCGAUGAGAAUGGUGCAGCUGGGUUUGGACAUUCUGCACCAAGUCCCUCUAGCUCGGUCAUCGACAACCUACGAUCCGUGCCCCGUAUUACUCGCGUUGAUAGCCCAGCGCCCGGUGCUGCCAGAAACAACGUCAAUGGCAUGGGUAAUGCCACCCCUGCUCGGUUUGCUCAGCAUCCAAAUUCUAUUGUUGCAGCAUCUUCCUCGCUCGCACCCGUUCCUCGACCCGUCACGCGGGCUUCUAAUCUUCGAUCCUCCACUCUCCUCGACGACGUUAACAACAGCAACAACAAUGACAACAAUCGCGAAUCAUCCUUUGAUAAUAAUGGAUAUGGUACAAAUGGUACAAUCAACCAGCCCUCGAACCAGAGCGUCGAUCAAAAGCCCGACCACCACCCAUCAUCUAUCGACGGCGCCUCUUCAGGCUCCAGUCUCAUUCUGCGCACCCGUAGGGUCAAUCGCCCUUUUACUCCUACCAGAAGCAUCAACAGCAACGGGUCAACUACAUCCAGCGCCCGCCUCAGCCCACAUCCGAGUCCAUCCGAGCAGCAACCCUCUUUAAACGGACAACAUAUCCAUCACCAGCACGGCAAUUUUGAUAUUUAUCUCCACCAUGACCGCCAACACGAACGCCGGCUUUCUCUUCACCCGCAACUCAUGCCCCCGCCUACCUUGCCGUCGCGAAUCCAUUCCGCUUUUCGCCAGCUGGGUGGUCCAAGCACAUGGACCCUGGCCAAAGUAGUCCUGUUGGUCUUCAAGAUUAUGACCAUCGCUCGUCCUUGUUCCCCCUUUGCUGCAAACCCAUGGGUGUUAUAUCCCCUGAUAUGUCUCGCCGCUGUGGACGUUGCUCUUGGCCGAAGCGAAGGCGCACAUGAUGGCGGGUCCAGACCAGCUUACGGCCAGUGGCAAAGAAGCAGUAUCAGAGUGCGAGUGUUGGUUUCUUUCAUUCUGCUCGCUCUACAUCUUGGCGUUUUGCUACUUGCUGCCAGGUGGGAUACCUUAUGUAUUGUUCACGGGCGGGACCGAGAAUGGGUGAAUAUAUAAGCAAGCAUAUUCUAUUGUGGGCUCAUUUUAUUUUAUUUUAUUUUUCUUAAGGUUUGGUAGUCUAAAACUGCAUUGCAUGGUAUUCCUCGUCAAUGCUGCUUGUAUUAACAGCACUCCAUAUCAGAUCAG